AGCGCUUAGCAGCGUGAGGGGUCUCGGCGCCGCGCGCCUCCGCCGGUCGGAGCCGGCGCGUUUCGCGAGCACGACGGCUAAAACCGGCCUGCGGUUGCGCAGCGACGCUUGCCCCUCCACCCCAUCACCCACCGCGCAACAGUCAUGGCCGUACCCGCCGCCUCAGCAUCGCCAGCGGUUGCGAUCGUGCAGCUCCUCGAUGGCGCGGCCGCCGCCGAGGACAGCGCUGCAACCCCUGCCUUUGCCGACCCGGCCGACAUUCCCAUGCUGCGCCACGCCCGCCUGGCGCCGGCGCGCCUGGAGCAGCUCCUCGCCGCCGCGGGCCGCGAGCGCGACGACCCGCCGCCGCCGCCGCGGCCCGACGAGUGCUGCGGCAGCUCCUGCUCGCCCUGCGUCAAGCAGCUCUGGAGCGAGGAGCUGCGCGCGUGGAAGGAGCGCUGGGGCGUCGGCGCGGCGGCUGCGGCGCGCCGCGCGGCCAAGGCUGAGGCACGUCUGGCUGUCGGCGUGGCGAAGGCAGGCAAAGCGGGCGUGCAGCGAACGCAGGAACCGUCCGAGACAGGCACCAUGCCGGGUGCCUUCGACUGGUGAUGGGGACCGCAGCGCAUCAGCCUGGCUUUGCAGAAGCCAGGCAGGAGAGCUUUGCUGCAACACAAGGUGCCAUCUCGGCAACCUACGCCUCUCAGCCACAUCGGCAGGCUUGCCAAUGGCCCGCAAGCUCCAUCGCCGACACCUGACAGCCGACACCCGGCGAAAUGGGAAGCGCGCAUCGCUUCGUGGCACGGCCUCUGAGCCAUCGCACCUGAUCGCCCACGGCGAAGGCGACUAGCAUCUGCGCAACACACCAAGCAGCAGACAGCGUGUCCCGCUCGCGUCUCUCCGCCCGCGCAUGGCUCCAAUGCAGACGCUUCUGCACCGCAUCCGCGAAUACGCAUGUCUCGUCCCGCUCGACACCAUGCGUCAGCCGGGCUCCCCACCUGGCCUCGGCAGCCGAACCAAGAGCGGCUUACAGCGAGCGCCGGCCGCGCACUAGGUCUAGGGAAUGAUAUUCAUGCUGUAUCCA